AUGGUACAUUUUCAAUGAAAGCGGUUGCGGCCUGCAGGUGAUACCUGUCGUCACGCAUCUCUGUUUAUCGUCGUCGGACUUCCGUCACAGUUAACGUUAACCUGGGUCAUCAUCCUCAUGCACACAGUAAAUGUGGCAUGCAAAUGACCACCAUGUAUCACUUGCACUGCGAGGGCAGUUUUUUUGUUUAAAUUGCACCUUUAUAUGUUUCUGCACUUUCUAGACCCUGAAUGUACUUAAUCCUCUCCGCGAAUGCCCCAUUGAAGUGCUUCAGGAUACCGAUCUCGCGGGUCCGCUGGUCUUCUGCCUCAUAUUCGGUGGCACGCUGCUUUUGGUAAUGAUUCUUUGUAUAUAUGCAUAUAAUUUUAAUUGAAAGGGCCCUUAUCGAUCAGCGUGCUGUCCCGUUGUGCCUUGGUUCAGGCAGUCGAACAUAGUUCAUGUAAUGUUAACCAAAUUUCUCUAAUGCGUUUUCGUUUCGUAAGGGUUACUUUAGUGGGAUUUUAAUGUUGGUUAUCAUGCAGCAAAACCCCAAGAUAUUUUGGCCACGUUAGGAUGUCGGCCAUUGAGUGCAAUUCUCCGCGGCCACCUGCGAAAACCGCUCUCGGUAAAAAGUGGCCACAGUAGGUGGGCUAACUCAUGAGAUCUUAACACAAAUUCCGAAAUGCGUUUUCGUUUCGAAAAGAUUAAUUAAGUAGGGUUGUAAAACUAGUCGGCCUGCAACAUAAUUCUAUAAUAAUUCAGUUACCCCGGACGCUGGCUUUUGAACAAACUUCUUUUCGGCUGCAUCCAAAACCAUACUCCGUAAAAAAUGACUACUUAAGUAGCAUGCAUUUUUCUCAUUAAUUUUCGAUGCCCUUAAAGAUUCAAUUAUAUUUAAUGGAAAGCAUGCAUGAAAAUAUUCAUUCUUUCGCUCAUUCAGUAGACAAUUACGUAUUUUUUCAAUUUUAUACUCGAAGGUAGGGUAUAAUUAGGUUUUGCAGAAGUUCCUAAUUGUGAGAUUUUAUAAUACCGUUAAAUGGCCCUUCGUAAAACGUCAUGUCUCUGCAUUUACCAACGUGGCUUGUAAAGUUAACAGUGUGGCUCAAAUACACUUCUUAGAAAAUAUACGGAACAGUCCACAUCCAUUGCAAAAUUUCAUGAGCAUUAUGUGAUAUUUUCCCAAUGGUAUAAAGUAAUAUAUAAUUUUUCUUACAUGUCAAGCACAGCUUCUAGAGUGUAAAUCUUAAACACAAAUGCAACGAAAGAUCGGGCUCAACAACGUUUUUAAAACCUAGAGGUGCUCAUUUUCAAGUGUAAAAUCUGAAGAUAUGAUCUGCUACGAAACGUGUAUAAGGUAAAAUAUUUUUGAAUGUGCUUUCUAUAAAGUGUGUUUUCACUUAUACAAGGGCAUCGGAAAAUGAGAGAGCGAUUUAUAAUACGUCCGUAGUCAUUUUUUACCGAGUGUGGUUUUUACAUGGGAUCAAAAAGAAGCGCAUUCAAAAUCCGACAUCUCGGAUUGACCGAAAAAUACCUUAGGAUUAUUCUGUGCAAUAAUUAAUUCUACAACACGACUUAAGUAACCGUACUUGAAAGUGCAGCUUAGAAUUUCGGCUAACAUUUCAUGAGCUUGGUCGCUGACUGCAUGCUUUGAUAAUUCCUUGGCAAAUGUCACUCGCAUUAAAUCACAUUUUCACCUUUCGCUUUUGUGAAAAAAAAAACUUAUUAUCGCAAGCAGUAGCGACCACCAGCCCUACCGAGUGAGCCACAGGCCCGUUGUCCUAUAGGUUUCGAUAAGGAAUGUUAGCUUAUAGUGGUAAUGCGUCCACCGACUGGGUUAUGGGACAUGGAGACAAGGAAUACGUCCUUAAAUGGCCAUUUCUGGCUUCUGAGACGUCGUCAGUCAGUCAGCUCUGCCCAAAUCCAGAUUUGCACCACCUGCGCAAGACUUGACAUAAAUGGUAAUGUUCUCACGAACUAGCGAGUUAUAUCUCGCGAGCUGCCCACGACGACCGUAGACUGCAAGUAGUUUUGGUCUCGCAUUAUGCUCAAGUGUUUUACCGGCGCGAGUCUGCUGCCCAGUGUUGAGACCGGGUCACGUGUGUGGCACGCGCAGACGGACUGUCUAGCCUUGUCAGUCACCGGUCCAGUCCUGUCGAUACUUGACUGACAGGGAGGAGAUAGUGCAGCCACCACUGGGAAUCCGUCCGCACAGAAAAUCAGCGCAUUUCGUACCACGAUAAAUCCAAGACACGUGAGUCUGGCGCGUGCCAGCCGCUGCGUCCGCGCCGAACCUCGAUCUCGUCGAAGCAAGGCAGAUGAGGGGGAGGGGGGAUUGCAGUAGUUGCGUGGCACGUGCUAUUGUCCUACUCAGGCGAUUCCAGGCUGUGCGUGACUCGUAGACGAGGCCCAACCAAGCCGGAUUCCGUGUUGGACGUGGAUGCGCAGGCCAGAUAUUCACACUGAGGCGCAUUCUCGAAUUUCGCCAUAGCUACCAACAACCGAUGGCCGUCUGCUUUAUUGACUUUGCCGCCGCAUUUGAUUCCGUUCAUCGUGAGUCCCUGUGGCGGAUAAUGGUGCUAGAUGGUGUACCGGCAAAAAUCAUCGCCACGAUCAAGGCCUACUAUCGCUCCACCACUGCGAGAGUCCUGGUCCGCAGGAAUCUUCCCCAACCGUUCGGUAUUUGGUCUGGCGUUCGACAGGGUUGUAUCCUGUCACCCAUUCCGUUCAACUAUGCUAUUGACUGGAUCCUCGGGAGGGCCCUACACGAGGGUGACGGCGUUGAGUUGGCACCCGGACACCGACUGACUGAUUUCGACUAUGCCGAUGAUAUAGCCUUACUUGUUUCAAGUUUUGGUGAUCUGCAGUCUAUGGUGUCACGGGUGAACGAGGUCGCUUAAUCGGUCGGUUUAUCCAUAAACGCUGAGAAGACUAAAGUGUUUUCAAGCUGCAUCCCUGACCAGGAGAAGCGACCCCUCGGGAUUGAUAGCUGUCAACUUGAAGAAGUAGACAGUUUUAAAUACCUCGGGGCGAGGCUGCUGCCUAAUGGACAGAGUAAGGAUGACAUUGUCUCCCGAAUUGAUGCUGCCCACUGGGUUUUCUCAAGCCUUAGCAAAUGCCUAUGGAACCGACGUGACCUCUCCAUCGCCACUAAGAUUCGCGUGUACCGUGCAUCUGUCCGGUCUGUCCUUCUCUACGGUUGUGAAUGCUGGGCUUUGCGCGUGGAGGACGAGCGUAAACUGGAGGCAUUUGGCUACCACUACUUGAGGACCAUCCUUCGAGUGAAGUUCACCGACUUCGUCUCAAAUGAGACAGUCCGCGCUCGCUGCGACAACAUCGCAAGGAUAAUUCAGGCCAUCCAGGAAAGACGACUGAGGUGUUUCGGGCAUGUUCUUCGUCGUCCACCUCAGGAGGUCAGUGUUACUGCCCUCGAUCCGGCACCGUUGCCCCAUUGGAGGCGUCGAAGAGGGGCUCAAUUAAAAACCUGGCUCGACACAGUUCGGGGAGAGGUACAGUUCGUGACAUCAUCGAGGCCGGCCAGAUCAGGCAUGAUCGCAGCCGUACAAGUGUAAGACUAACAUGGACCCUGUCGGAGACCUGGUUUGGUUGAGAAAUACUCACCCCAAUUUGACUCUAACCCAGCCUACUGGUGUCUCCCUGCGAAAUUUCGUCUAAUCCUAGUCGGCCUUUGGGGUGCAUUUUCUACUGUUGAACCUCCGCUCCUUGUGAGUCGAUUGCACUUGGGAAUUGACUGACAAUGAGGCCGGACUGAGUUGUAAUCUUCUCUUGGGUCACUUGGUUUUUUCUCCCCUAUCUGAUCGUAAUCUCACGGAGAAAGACGAACGCAGUAAUUGUUUCCUUCAGGCGGGUGAUUCUUGACUGACUCGCAAUUUGCAUUCAGAUUCGCUCUGUCGAUCCCGCAUCAUUACCUGUCUACUCUUAGGCUUCUGCGGUUUCAUUAUACGAAUCAGCUUUUUUUCCUGCCGUAGCCCGUAAUCUAAUUAGUGUGGAAUAUAUGCAGACAGGAGCAGUCAAUAGGAGAAACAGCCAACCGCUGCGCCGAAUAUUUUCGGUUUAUUUAAUUACGCAGCUCCAGCCACAGUACUAUGGCGUUUUGUCUUUCUCCUCCUCCUCAUCCUCGCCGUCGUCUUCUGCCAUUUUAAGUCAAAAUAGUUGUCCCUCAAAGCCUUUUAGGAACCCGCUUAGUUUACAACUCAAUUGGUUGCUGUUCCUGGACGGGAAAGUGUUCCGGUUCUAGGAAAGUCCUGCCAGAGCGGGCGGUCCCUUGUCCUUGAAACUCCCAAAAACCCAGUUCAUCACCAGUGCGCCGGACAGGGUUUUGUGUGUGCGUUAGCUUGCUUGAGGAAUGGUUUCCAGCUGUUCGUGGAUUCGAAGGUGGAUUUCUCCACCCCACCCUCCACAUCUGCACACCAGCUUGCGACCUCUGGUAUCCCGUUGAGCGGCAAGUGAAGGCUUACUUUAGGUCGAGCAGCAUUCGCGAUGUUGUGAUGCCGAUCCCCUCGGAUCGGUGCCCAAUCACAUCUGAAGGUUUCAGUUUCAGUUUAUUAAGGGAACUAGAGGUGAGCGCCUUUGAAUUUCCUAUUGGUUACAAGUCGUCUGAGAAAAACAUUGAUAAUUGGGAAGAUGAAAACGGGAUUUUGUACAUAAUCGCGGACAGCUGACAGCUAGUAGAAAAAGUGUAAUCAUUAACGGGUACUUACUAACUACAAGUAGUAUAAACAUGUUUAUGUUGGUGCUGGGUUAUGUGAGUUGAUGUGAGGCUGGUAAUGGGGAAGCUUGAUACGCGUCAACUCUACACUUAAAGGAAUUCACACAGGAGGAGGUUGCAACAUCGGUAGGCAGGGAAUUCCACGCUGUAACCACUCUGUUACUGAAAAAGAACUUUCGUCCAUUGAUCCUUGCUUUCCCUGCGCGUAGUUUUAGGUGAUGACAGCGCAAAGUUGGCGUGUUAGCUUGAGUGAAAUAAUCAGUGGGAUCUAAACAACGGCCUAGGCCGCUGACAAUGCAAAUGUAAUUGCCUGUAGGAAAGAGGAAUUAGGUUAAGAGUUGACAUUCUGGUUUCAUUUGGCAGAGCUCCCAGACCUUGUGUCAUUUUGGUCGCCCGUCUCUGGACCUUCUCCAAGACGCUGUAGUCCCUGGCAGUCCAUGGCCUCCACGCCUGUAUGGCGUAUCCUAGAUGUGGCCGCACGUAGGUGCCGAAUAUUUUGGAAAAGCAGUCAGGGUCAAAUCCCGUAAACGCCCGCCUAAUGAGUUGCAAUGUAGCCGUAGCCGAUUUAGCCGCCUUCGCGCAGUGCAGUGUUGGUUUGAGUGAAGAUGUAAUCCAUACACCCAAGUCCUCCGACUGUCAACCUGUUGCGGUGAUGUUCCGUGUAGAAAGUAAGUCCUGGGGCUAAAGGCUCUGAAGAUUUCGAGUUGAAGGAAGUUGCACUUGCUUACAUUGAAGGGCAUAAGCCAGCGCGUCGACCAGUCUUCGAGCCUGUUCAAGUUUGCUUGCAGGUGGUCUGCGUCUGCCGCAUUGUGAAUUACUUUCCAUUUACGCCGUCGGCAAACAGGAUGGCAUCACAAUCUAGGUCCUUGACGCAGUCAGUUAUGAAAACGAGCAAUCACGUGGGACCUAAGACUGAGCCCUGUGGGACGCCACUCACCACGCUUACCUCUAAGGAUACUGUCGCUUGCCCGCGAUGGGACACGCAGUAGAUGUGCCGGACAAACACGGGGGAGGGCCAGAUCAGGGCACGGUAGGAGGUACUAGGGAUGCCUAUCCAUAACAACUGCCAAACAUGGGGUGGGGAUAGCAACACGCCAGGGUGCAGGCUCCCGCCGCGUCGGCGGCCCGCACACCCGAUUCCGCCUCCGGUAUUUUUGACUUUGCCAUGACACCGAAGUCAGGUGGGUGAAGAGGAGGGCGUGCGGUAAAUGCGGUGUAAGUUCACUAGCAUUGUAAACCAACUCACGCGUAAGUCAUCGCCCCUGCGCCCACCACACCGUGGAGCACACGGUCGACAUCGUCGGUAACUGUCGAAUUCCUAUUCCUCGGACCUAGGGGCUAGUCUUCGCCGAAGGCUUUCCCGUUAUCCGCCACUUGUGGGUUUCCUGAGCCUUCUGUCCGUCUUCCUAGCCCAGUGCAGACACGAACAUGCACUCAUGCUUUCUCUCUCUCUCUCGAACCUGAAGUUGAUUGAUAGCCUUUGUCUCACGGGUACUUCUGACAGGGCGGAAAGGUGCAUUUCAACUACAUCUACGGUUUCGGUGUCCUCAGUUGCUUGGGAAUGUACCUUCUUCUCACAAUGAUGACGGUGGACGGCGUGGCGCCUACCUGCGUCGCAUCUGUCCUUGGAUACUGCCUUCUGCCAAUGUGUUUCCUCUCCACUCUGGGCAUCGUAUUUUCGCUAAAGUGAGUUAACUUCCUCCUCUAUAACUUGCCAUUUUGGCGUACCUCUUCAUUGCCUAUGAUAUUUUCCGUUGACGUCUCAUAUUUCUAGCGUAAAAGCCGCUACUGCUACUAUCACUACUACUACUACUACUACUACUACUACUACUACUACUACUACUACUACUACUACUACUACUACCACUACUACUACUACUACUACCACUACUACGACUACUACUACUACUACUACUACUACUACUACUACUACCAAUACUACUACUGCUGCUACUACUACUAGUGCUACUACUAUUACUACUACUUAUAUUGUUACUUACACUACUACUUCUGCUGCUACUCCUACUACUGCUGGUAGUGGCUUAUGUUGUAAUGACCUUUUGUUGCGCGGGUUACUGGUUGGAUGUGUCGACAUUGCGGUGAGUCUUGAAGUGUCUAAUAAGGCCAAUCCGUGUCGGAGUUGUGCGUUGACAAUGGGGUUUGGACGUUUCCAGGGCGUCCUCCUAGCACCCUCACUGUCGCUUUAAGCAUCGCCAUCGCCACUAUCACUGCCGUCGUCUAAGCCAAGGCUGGAAAUUUGAACUACCUCAAGAUAAGAGCGACUCUUCUUUCGCUGCGCUUGUCAUCCCCACCGCCUUACGCCGUUUAUCCUACUUUUCUUCUUCUACUUUCCUCCGUAGGUCGCUCCUGGGGAUCGUUCUAAUUGUAUUCGUUGUUCUCUGGUGCGCCAUGUCCUCGAGCAAGCUGUUUGUGCGGGCGUUGAAUAUGCAACAGCAGCAGUUUCUGGUCGGUUACCCCUGUGCCCUUGUUUAUGCUGUCUUUGCCCUCCUUACGGUAUUUUAG